GAUCAGUUGAGUUCCUUUGACUGAACACGCAACAAUUCCACAAUGAAAUUCCUGAUCAUUCUUGCCUUGGCUGUGGCCGCUUCGGCCAUGCCCGAGCCGGAGCUGCAGCCCCGCAACCGCGUGAUGCCCGUGCAGGACAGCAUCGAGGGUCGCAUUACCGGAGGAACCACCGCUUCAGUCGGUCAGUACCCCUACCAGGUGGGACUAUCCCUCAAGCUGAGCGCUCUCUCCAGCGCCUGGUGCGGUGGCUCUUUGAUCGGCAACCAGUGGGUGCUCACCGCUGCUCACUGUACCGAUGGUGUUCAGUCCGUGACUGUCUACCUGGGUGCCACCGUUCGUACCUCCGCUGAGGUGACCCACACCGUCGCCAGCUCCCAGAUCAUCAUCCACUCUGGCUGGAACAGCGCCAACCUGCGCAACGACAUCUCCCUGAUCAAGAUCCCCGUCACCUCCUACAGCAGCAAGAUCCAGGCUGCCAAGCUCCCAUCCAUCGCCAGCUCCUACUCCACCUAUGCCGGUGAUUCCGUGAUCGCCUCCGGCUGGGGCCGCACCUCCGAUUCCGUCUCCUCCGUUUCCACCAACCUGAUGUGGGUCAAGCUGACGGUCAUCACCAACACCGUGUGCGCCAGCACCUACGGUACCUCCAUUGUCACCUCCUCCAACAUCUGUGUGUCCACACCCAACGGUAAGUCCACCUGCAACGGCGACUCUGGCGGCCCACUGGUGCUCGAGUCCAGCAAGGUCCAGGUUGGUCUUACCUCCUUCGGCGCUGCUGCCGGCUGCGAGAAGGGAUACCCCGCUGCCUUCACCCGUCUGACCAGCUACUUGGACUGGAUCAAGAGCAACACUGGCAUCUCCUACUAAGCCAGGAGGGGCAGUCAAUGAAUGACUUGAAUUUCGCAUAAAUAUAAAAAAAGAUUACCAACAAA